GCCCACAAAUUAGACUACAUGGUCCGAGUUUGAAGUGUGAAAAGAGAUGAAGUUUUGACCAUGUUAAGUUACGAUGGCAUUAGUUUUGCUAGUAUUUGUACUGCUUCUUCCAAUGCUAUACCGGUGUCACCCAACAGGAAUUCCAAAGGAUAUAAGAAGAGAAACAAUAAAGGAAAUAGUGUUUCCAAAGAGACUAAAUUCUUAUGAUAAUCAUGAUAAUCACAUUAAUAAAAGGAGUACUCGUAAUAACCAAAAAAUUGUGUCUUAUUCCAUAUCAGCGUUUGGAAAUGAUUUUUUACUAGAUCUUACUUUUACAAAGGAUAUAAUACCUAAUAAUUAUGUUGUGCAAACUUUUGGUGACAACUUUACUCGAAUAGAGGACAAAAGCUCCGACCAGGAGCAGUGUUUCUAUCGUGGAAGUAUUCAGAAUGCUGGCCCCUCGUGGGCAGUAUUCAACUUAUGCAAUGGCCUGCUUGGUUCAUUUCAUGCACAUGGUGAACAUUUCAUUGUUGAACCAUUCACAGAAAGUGAUUCUUCUAAAGGAGAUACAAAUGCUCAUUACAUUUACAGACAUUCACAUCCAGUUAAGCCACAGUCAGACUGUGGUGUAAAAGAAGAUUAUAAGCAUACAAAAAGAAAGGGAGAAGAGAAUUCUAGUUUAAAUGACAAUAAUUUUAAUUCAUCUGUGAUGUUAGAAUCUAAUUCUUCAUAUUAUAAAAGUAACAAUAGUGCUCAUCAUAUUCAUAAACGUUCCACGUCAUAUAAACGUUAUGUGGAAGUUAUGAUUGCUGCAGACUAUCAUAUGCAACAGUAUCAUGGCAGCAAUUUACAGCGUUACAUAUUAACAUUAAUGGCAAUCGUAUCCAGUAUAUAUCAUGAUGAUUCUAUAGAAAAUUUCAUCAAUAUAGUUGUAGUAAAAAUUGUACAGUUUGAAUCUGAACAGAAUGGACCUAAAAUAUCAACAAAUGCACACAAAACAUUGGAAGAAUUUUGCAAGUGGCAGCAUAUACAAAAUGAAGAUAGCGAUGAUCAUCCAUAUCAUUAUGAUACUGCAGUAUUACUAACCAGACAAGAUAUUUGUCGGGCGCCCAAAAAAUGUGAUACUUUAGGUUUAGCAGAAGUAGGGACCAUGUGUGACCCGCUAAAAAGUUGUUCCAUUAUAGAAGAUAAUGGAAUUAGUUCAGCUUAUACCAUUGCUCAUGAAUUAGGCCAUGUAUUUAAUUUACCUCAUGAUGACCAGCCUCCAUGUCUGAAAUACAAUAAAAGAGAUACUAGGAACAAUGUGAUGGCACCAACACUUGACCACAAUAUUAGUCCUUGGUCCUGGUCUCGAUGCAGUGCACUUCUACUUACAAAAUUUAUUGAUGCAGGUUUCACGGAAUGUUUGUUAGACAAGCCAACAGAAACAAAAUAUAUCCAACCAGUACAUCAUGGAGAACAAGUAUCUAAAUAUUACAAUGUCAACAGGCAAUGUCAACUGUCUUUUGGAAAAGAUUAUGCUAUCUGUCCAUUCAUGGCGGAUGAUUGUGGAAAGCUAUGGUGUACAGAUUUAAAGGACACAUACAAGAAAUGUAGGACUUUGCAUAUGCCCUGGGCAGACGGAACUGAUUGUGGAUCUAACAGGUGGUGCUGGCAUGGUGAAUGUAGAUACAAGAAGAGCUAUAAACCUAUAGAUGGGGGUUGGGGAAAGUGGGAGGAGUAUGGUGAUUGUUCAAGGUUGUGUGGAGGAGGCAUAAGAACCUCUAUCAGGAAAUGUAGCAGUCCAAGACCGUCCAAUGGAGGAAAGUAUUGUAUAGGUCGUAGAACAAGAUACAGAUCCUGCAAUCUUAAGGAUUGUCCACCUGGUUCUGAGGAUUUCCGUCAGAUGCAGUGUGCAGCUUUCAAUAACUCUGCCAAAAUUCAGGGCUUGCCGUCAACUGUUCAUUGGAUACCAAAAUAUUCUGGAAUAAGAUUGAAAGACUCUUGUAAACUGUACUGCCAAGCUUCACAUACAAGUGCUUAUUAUCAACUGAAGGACAAAGUUAUUGAUGGAACCAAAUGUAGACCAGACUCUUAUGAUAUAUGUGUCAAUGGAAAAUGUAUGAAAGCUGGCUGUGACAAUCGACUUGGCUCUGACAUGAAAGUGGACAGAUGUGGAAUCUGUGGAGGGGACAAUUCUACUUGUCAUACAAAGAAAAUCUCUAAUACGUUUAAUAAUGUGGUUUAUGGUUAUAAUAUCGUUCACAAGUUUCCAGUAGGGGCAAGAGACAUUAAAGUCAAACAGAAAGGUUAUAUGAAUCUUAAAGAGGAUGAAACCUAUUUAGCUUUGCAGAAUUCAACUGGCGCGUUUAUACUUAAUGGAAAGAAGGUGAUAGAUAGUGCAGUGACCAAAAUAAAGGCAGCAGGGACCAUUAUAGAGUAUAGUGGAUCUGAUACUGUGAUAGAAAUGAUCAAUGCUUCUGGACCAAUCAAAGAUACUAUCACAUUACUGGUUCUGUCAGUAGGGAAAGUAAAUCCACCCAAUGUAGACUACUCAUAUGCAUUCUCUGUUGAUACCAAAUACGUAUACAGAUACCAAGAAAUGUGGAGUGAAUGUAGUCAUCUCUGUAAUGGAAAGCGAACACGUUCAGCCGUUUGUAUAAGUGAUGAUGAUAACCGAAUGGUUGUUUCUGAUAGUAAAUGUACUAGAUUAAGGAUACCAAAACCACCAAAUCAACAGAGAAGAUGUAACUUUGAUUGCUCAUUAAGAUGGAAUACAGAAAAAGAGGAAUGUUCAGUAAGAUGUGGUGAAGGUGUGGCAAAACAGAAUGUGUAUUGUGUAAAAUCUACAUACUACACACAAACACAUGUAGAUCUUACACAUUGUGACCAUCUAAGUCCACGCCCAGGAGACAUGGUAACCUGUAUGGGGAGAUGUGAUCCUACUCAUUGGGAAUACUCACCAUGGUCAAAGUGUACCCAGACAUGUGAUGGAGGUAUUCAGACACGUACAGCAUGGUGUACUAAUGUCAGUCGACGUAAACUACCAGAGAAAGAUUGUCAAGCAUCAGAAAAAAUUCUUACCAAGAUUUGUAAUGAUGAACCAUGUGCUGUGUGGAGAACAUUUUCCUGGUCAGGGUGUUCAUCAACUUGUGGGUCAGGAACAAGACAUAGAGAUGUUCAUUGUUACCAGAGGGAGAAGAAGAUUGAAGAUGGAUUCUGUAAUCAUAGACGUAUGCCAUCUACAAGUGAACCCUGUAACCUGAAUCCCUGUCCAGUUUGGAAGACAGGACCAUGGGGACAAUGUUCAGUUACAUGUGGAUUAGGGAUUGCAAAACAAGAUAUAUAUUGCCGAUCUGUCAGAGAUGAAAUCCUGAAGGAUGAUAUUUGUGAUCCCUCUAGUAAACCAUAUGGCGUAAAGGCAUGUGACACUGGGGCAUGUCCAACUACCACGACCACAACAACAACUACCACAACCCUCCCCACUACUACUACAACCACGCCCACUACAACAACAACACCAACUACUACCAUGGCAACAAGUACUACAACAACCCAAGCUCCUAUGUUACUAGCAGUACCAGUACCAGUACCAGUUCAAUGGAAACAUACUGAUUGGUCAGAAUGUUCAUCUACCUGUGGCAAAGGUACAAGAAGUAGACUGGUUUACUGUGAGAACAACCAGGGCCAGUCUAGAUUGAAGUCAUCCUGUAGCCACUUGAUAGAGCCACCUACAACAGAGAUGUGUAUGGACAAACCAUGUGGUGUGUGGAGAUCUGGGGAUUGGGGAGAGUGUACACAAACUUGUGGAGAAGGGGAAGAAGUGCGAUUUGUUGCCUGCUUACUUCCUGGACGUCAGCGUGGUCAGGAAUCUGAAUGUGAACUAGAAACAAAACCCGAUUCUGUACGGAAGUGCCAUCGAGCAGACUGUCCUGGUACCCGAUAUAUCAGUGGAGGUGGAGCUCAUUGGAGAACAGGUCCUUGGUCAGGGUGCUCAGCGUCCUGUGAAAGCGGUAUGCAGAGGAGACAGGUUGUUUGUCAAGAUGAGUUUGGCCUCAGUGACCGCUGUGAUCAGACAACCAGACCAACUGAAGUACAAGCUUGCAACACUGGAGCAUGUCCUGCAUGGAAUACUGGAGUUUGGACUGAGUGUUCCCUAUCAUGUGGACAGGAUGGCAUUCAGACUCGUCGUGUUUUGUGUCAGCUACCCAAUGGUCAUGUCCUGUCAGAUGGUCAAUGCAACAUGACAGUCAGGCCUCCAUACCAGCAGCUAUGUAACAAAGGUCAAUGUAGCACUAAACGUAGAUGGCGCAUCAGUCAGUGGUCCUCGUGUUCAGUAAGUUGUGGAAGAGGCCAUCAUCAAAGGGAGAUAACUUGUAUAGAUGAUGAAGGCAAUCAUCAUCCAGACACGGAAUGUCAUGGCACAAAACCUAGAGAAUCACAAUACUGUCACAUGGGUAGAUGUCCAAGAUGGUACGGUGACAAAUGGAGCAAGUGUUCAGUUAGUUGUGGAGAAGGCAUCAGAGUAAGAAACAUCACUUGUAAAGUUAAAAGAUACCAGACAGUCGAUCCUAAACUAUGUGAGGGAAAAAGGAAACCAAGAGUUCUUAGAACAUGUCAGAGGAAAACCUGUUCCAACUAUUACUGGAAAACAGAUAACUGGUCACAGUGUUCUCAGACCUGUGGUUUUGGUAUGAAAACCCGGAGAGUGAAAUGUGUGAGACGUGAUGGCUACCAUGUUCCUGACAAUCGAUGUAAUAGAGAUAAAAAACCGAAAGUCAAGAGACGUUGUAGUGAAUUUCCAUGUCCUUAUUUCUGGAACACCUCACCUUGGACUUCGUGUGAUAAAACUUGUGAUGAAGGUGCCCAACAAAGACAGGUAGUUUGUCAGGCUGUGACUAAAGAAGGUUGGAUAUUGCCAGGAGAAGUACCGUAUGGCUGUCGAAAGGAGGAAGAGCCACCACGAGUCCAAACAUGUAACUUAGGCAAUUGUGAUGGUUAUCGUUGGGUUGUAGGAGCAUGGGGAAAGUGUUCCUCACGAUGUGGAUGGGGUAAAGAAAUGAGAUUAGUUAUAUGUGUUGAUAAACAAGGAAGAAGAAGGUCAAGAAAACGAUGUCGUAGAGAUCUAAAACCUGAAUCAAGACAAGAUUGUUACAGUGGGCCAUGUUAUGCUAAGUCCUGUUUAGAGUUGAAAGAUAAGACAUCAAUAAGACAUGAUGAUAUGUACAGUAUAUUGGUGAAAGGGAGAAUUUUACAGGUAUUCUGUAAAAAUAUGAAAAGCAAUAAACCUGAAGAGUAUAUCACAUUACCUGCUGGGGGUGGUGAUAACUAUGCUGAAAUUUAUGACAUGAGGUUGAAAAGAGCUAGGUCAUGUCCAAAUAAUGGAUCAAGAAUUGAAAAUGAUAGUUCCAAAUUCCGUACUUCACCUUACCGAUUAGCAGGAUAUACAUCAUACACUAAACUUCGCCUAGAUCUCAAGACAAUGAUAGUCAACACCACAGAUACUUCAUUUGCCACAUCCCAUAGUGGAAAAUACAUUCCUUUUGCAUCUGCUGGUGACUGUUAUAGUGCCAAGAAUCAUUGCCCUCAGGGUCGAUUCAGUAUCAACUUAUCUGGCACUGGUUUGCUAGUGUCUAAAAAUACCACAUGGAAUUCAUAUGGAAAACGUACCUCAAAAUCUAUACAAAUACUCAAUGAUAGAGAAGUUGUGCAAGGUGUUUGUGGUGGACAUUGUGGUACAUGCUCACCAGACGUAAGCUUUGGUCUUCAGUUAGAUGUACGACAUUGAUGAUGGAGGAUUUUAGAAGAUGAUACACAUUCAGCAAUACUCAUGGAAGAAUUCUCACUCCACGACGUGUACAUAUCUCAUUUCUCAUGUAUAUAUUUCCAUUCUAAUAUUUAUAUAACAGUAUCACUGCUAUAAACUUUUUCCGUCCAAAGGAAGAAAUCUCAGAAAACCAGUCUGAUACUUGGUGUACAAAUACUUAGUUAUCAAUGGAAUGGGUUGCUGGCAGUGCAAACAGUCCUCAAAUGUUAUUGGACUUUGUGGAGUUUUUGUCAAGGUCAUUGAAUAUAUCUUUAGGAUAUAUCUUGAGAAUGAAAAUACAUUGACAGGAAAGUUGUAGUAAAAACUAUUCUAAUUUAUAGAGCAGUAAAAGGACUUAAAAUUGAAAAAAGUGCAAUUUUGUACAUUGCUGUCUUUCAGAGGAUGAUUUGUUUGAGGAACAAAGACGUUAUUAUUUAUAGAAGCAGUGUAAUGAUGAAAUCCACAGAUAUUGAAAUGGUGCUAUAUAACAAACAUUGAUAUUAUUUAAAUUUUGUAAUUGAAAUGUCUUUUAUAUUUAUUAUAAAUUUGUUUUGAGUCUGUAUUUUAUUUUGUAUAUUUUUAUGGCCCAUUAUUGUAACUUUUUCAUUUUUCAUCUUGUUUUGUAUUUCACCAGAAAAAAGUAUGCAAUUAUACAAAAAGUU